CGCGCAUGUGCAGAACUGUCAAACGCAAGACUGGAAACUCAGCGCUAAUGUCGUCAUCACCACCCUAACACUAAAAACAAGACUCGACUGACCUGCUGUCAGUGACUUUAUUACGUGCCUUUUAACCAUGGGACCUCAACGUAAAUUACGAGAACAGCGCUGCUGGUGCAUCUCGACCGGGAAUAUACGCUGUUUUGCUCCUCGAAGCUCUGCGUGCUGAAUGAAAACAGUCCUCCGGAGCCGUUGAGCGCGAAACCUGACAAUUCAUGGACUGGAAAAAUGUGAUUCAGGAAAUUCAGGCGUAGUUUCGCUCGUCCGGUUUUCUUCACAUUUUUUUCGGACGACGUUUCUGCUUAUGUAAAUUACUUUUUCAGUGAUUGCUGUUGUUUUGGGAUCAAAAUGACUGGGUUGGAUAGUGACACGUUGCGCGCUAAGCUAAUUUAGCAUUCGGGAGAUUUAAACGCACAGUAAUCCGUUUAAAACACGUUGUGGCUUUAAAAGACGCCACAAAUCUAUAUACAAAAGACGAGAAAUACAGUUAAAGUACUUAAGUUCAAAACUCAAGUCGUGGUUGUGGGGACUGUGUAGUUUUGGGUGGCCUGAUUUGGGAUCAAUUAGAGCUGAAGGAUCUCGUUAAUUUCACGUUUUCUCUUGGGAUGUUUACUGACGGGUUCAGGUGAUGACCUGUAACGUUAAGUGAUUUAGUAGAGGAUCACGAUGGCUCAGCAGGAGAACGGCCGUCUGUUUGAGGACACUCUGAGUGUAAGGACUCUGGGCAGUCAGUUUGACGAGGAGAGCUCUUUUGGAUCCGACUCUGAACUCAACGGCUUCACCAGCUCGAGACAAACGGACAAGUACGGCUUCAUCGGAGGAGCCCAGCAGUGUUCAUCCGAAUCGGCUCAAGAAGUGUCUCUGGAAGUGUUAAGGCACAGGGAAGCCAAAUGGUUGGAUAUGCUGAACCACUGGGACAAAUGGAUCAGUAAAAGGUUCAAGAAGGUGCGACUGCGAUGUCAGAAAGGAAUCCCACCUUCAUUGCGAGGCAGAGCCUGGCUCUACCUGUCAGGCGGAAAAGUGAAAAGAGAACAAAACAGCGGGAAGUUCGAGGAGCUGGACAGCAUGGCUGGAGACCCGAAGUGGGUUGAUGUGAUAGAGAGAGAUCUACACAGACAGUUCCCCUUCCAUGAGAUGUUUGUGUCCCGAGGAGGUCAUGGGCAGCAGGACCUGUUCCGGGUGUUGAAGGCUUACACCCUGUACAGACCGGAUGAGGGUUACUGCCAGGCUCAGGCUCCUAUAGCAGCAGUGCUUCUGAUGCACAUGCCUGCUGAGGAUGCAUUUUGGGGGCUGGUUCAGAUUUGUGAGAAGUACCUCCCUGGAUAUUACAGCGCAGGCCUGGAGGCCAUACAGUUGGAUGGAGAGAUCUUAAAUGCAUUAUUAAAGCGUGUGAGCCCUCCGGCGUACCGCCACCUUGAGAAACACAAGAUCGAGCCCAUCCUCUACAUGACGGAGUGGUACAUGUGUGCAUUUUCCAGAACUCUACCCUGGUCGUCUGUUCUCAGAGUGUGGGACAUGUUCCUGUGUGACGGAGUGAAGAUAAUGUUCCGUGUUGGACUGGUGUUGCUGAAAUGCAUGCUGGGAUCUCGUGAGAAACUGAAGGCUUGUCCUGGUCAGUAUGAGACUAUGGAGCUUCUCAGGACCCUGGAGCCGCGAUACAUGCAGGAGGGGUUUCUCAUACAUCAGGUAUUAGAGCUGCCCAUAUCUGCUCGGGACGUCGAGAGAGAGCAUCGCGUGCAGGUCAAGCGCUGGCGGAAAACUCACGGCGAGCUCAGCUACAAGGCCCCUCCCAGAAUGCACGGCGCUCGGGCCAUCAUGUCUGUUGAGCCACACACCCGCCAAGACCUACGUCAGAAGCCCACCAUCGUCGUCCAGUAUCCCGUGCCCUCAGACACUAAAUCCGAAUUCGCUCGUGGCAAGAAGAGAAGCACUAUCCGAAAAGCCUCCCAUCCGAAAUUGGACAUCCCAAACCCAUAUCCCCUGCCAACAGACCCCAAACCAGCCUCUCUUAAUAAUCACACACAAGAGACGACCUCAAACAAUCAGUCCGACCCUCCUCCGCCAUCACUACAGCAAUCCCACCUCAGUACACCCGAAAAAAACACACCAGCUUCUGUCAUCCCACCCCCACCCCGACAUUCACCUCAACCGCCCCAAACCCAACCGUCUCCAAAUCUCUCUCGCACACCACCACCUCCCCAACCCUCACCAAAACCCAAACCCGCACAUCUGACUGAAAUCCCUCACUCCUCCAACCCUGCAGUCACCAUCCAACCACUAACUCUGCCUAAAGACUCCAGCAACACCAACAACUCAGCCCAGCUGAAAGAUCCUCCACCCACUACAGACUCCACUGCGCUUCCUCCAGACGACACACCUGUGAAUGGAAACUCCGUCGCUGCUCCCAGAGUUCCUGGUUUACGUAAAUCAUUUGAGAGCAUGGGUUCAGAGGACACGUACAUGUAGCUGUCCAGGUCAACAUUCAGGGAGAAAACAGUAUUGGGAACCAGCAUUAUGCAACAGAACAAGAUGGGAGGAAAAACUAUGAAUGUAUUUCGAUUUCUUUGGGGGAGAAUUUUGGAGGAGACAAGGAUCCUAGUCGUCAGUAUCUUGCACCUGAAGAAUUCAGGAAUAUAUCAAGUUUAAUGACUUAAAGUCCUCCACAACUUCAUUUUGGUUUUCAUGCACGCAGACCUUCUUUUUUUCUCUGUGCUGGUCCAUAAUUGACUCCACAGUCUUUUGUGUUACAGUGUUCAAAAAAUCUGACUUUUAGAUCUUCCAAUAUUCCUCAGUCAUAAGCAGAACAGACUUUAUAAUCAAAUAUGUUUGACUAGUAAUUGUGUUAUUCGCUGCUUACCAAUAUUAGGUCACUUUGCAAGAAAGUUCAUAUAUGAAUCUACAAUCUUAACAGUCCAACAUUUACUUACAACUGCCGCUAUUAUAAAAGUUGUUUUUCUUCCAUUAUAUCAUUUAAUGUGUAACUGUCAUAAUAAGCGUAAAUGAGCAUUUCUUGUUUCAACAUCAUGUCUGUUACCAGUAGCCACACUAAAAUGUGAGUGAAAAAAAAGUUUUAUUUAAAAAAAAUAAUCUUUGUUAGAAGCAAUUCAAGUGGAAGCAUCCUUAAACUUUACUCUUCAGAAAUAUAUAUA